CUUCGCUAACUUUAAUUCUCCUUUUAGAAACUAGUUAUAAUCUAGUUAACUGUUUAGAAAUAAAAUAAUGAAACUGAUAAAGCAGCCAUAGUUAGCGUGUAGGUUUAAUGUAUACUUAAUCUAAUGAUAUGCUGUUUUUUUCUAGCUAAACUAAUUUGUAGCACUGUUUAACAUGAGAGUAAAUAGCAGUGCGCGUUUCAUUGUUAGCUACUUAGCUGUUUUCGAAGGAGUUACAAACGCCACGUAAAUUAUCGUUAUAGAAACUACUUAAAGGUCUGUUAUGUAUUAUUAUCUUCAUGACUGGAACCGAAAUGUUUUUGGAGUCCAGCUUCGGAAGUGCCAGCUAGUAAGGGAGCUUAAGCACAGUGUUACGACACCCAGUACAAGUGUUAGGCGUCUUUGCUCUUGCUGAGGAAAGUGACCAUGUCCGCGGAUCAGACAUCUGUGGGGAUUGGAGCACACGGACUGCUCCAGGGACAGCGAGCUAAAUCUUACGGCAGCUUGGUGACCUCCUCUGUAUCACCAGUCCGACAAAAACCCAUCCAACACAACGUCCAACCAGGCGAAACUUUACAAGGGUUGUCACUAAAAUACGGCGUGUCUAUGGAGCAAAUCAAAAGGGCCAACAGAUUGUACACCAACGAUUCAAUAUUCUUGAAGAAGGUCCUCUCCAUCCCCAUUCUAACAGAGUCACUGUCAUUUACUAAUGAGAACGAAUCGCUUGAAGAUGAAUCGAUUCUUCAGCAUCAGCAGGUCCCUGUUGAGAAUGGCCAAAGAGUCUCAGAAAUUCAAGAAGUGACUGCCGAUAUUUCUCCCUCAGAUUAUUUGAAAAGGAUGGAUAGCUUGAUUUAUCAGUCGAAACUAGCAGCUAUAAAGACGUGUCAAGAAGCACAAGAAGCAAAGUUUUCUUCAACAAAACAGAAUCUGUACAGACGUCAGCAGUUCUGCGGCUCUUCUCCGGGUGAACGGGCCACAUUGGGCUCUGUGCCACUCACCAUAACCAAACGUACCAAGAAACUGCGGGAUAGAGAAGAUGAGAUUUUUCAGCUCUGAGGCUGGCUUAUUAACAGAACUGCAUGGUUAGUGUGAAGUGUUUACGUCCACAGGAACAAAUGAAAAAUUAAGGUUGCACAAGUAAGGGACAGAUUUCACUGGAAAAAACACUUCUUAUUUCAUUAGAUUGCAAGGAUCUGAGAUAGCUACAUGAAUGAUGUUUUGUGGAAUUGAUGUGCGCUGCCACCUGACUGACUGUGAUAAUAUGGUCUCAGGGACACGUUGGCAUACUAGCCUAAUUGUUUACAGAAUAAAAAGGAGCACUGGUCAUGUAAUCUGGUUCAAAUCAGAAUCGAACAUUUGUUUAGAAAUCAAGGAAAAUAUAAGCUAUAUAUUUCAUCUGCACAACAUUUUAAGUGUAUAAGCCAAGUUUGAAAUAAUCUCUCAUGGACACUUUAGCUCUUUACCAUAUGUUCGUUCUCAUGUUGUUCUAAUGUUUGAUCUCAUGUUGUAUGUGAUGCUGCAUAAUUUUAUUAGGUCACUUAGUUGCUGCACUGUUAGGGGUUAUUUAAUGAAGCAGGAUUGCUCAAUUAGCCAAGUUUAAGUCAAAAAGAAAAGCAGUCAAUACACCUCAUAGCUCACUGAGUAAUCCUCUCUGAAACACACUAUUAAUCGUCAUUGGUGAUGUAACCAAACAGCCUAGAUUUUGUCUUCUUUGUCAAACAGAAGUGAAACAGAACUGAUUUUUAGAUUGUCUACACUGGCUUCCAUGUUUGUCAGGGGAAUUGGUAUAUGUUACUUCUGAUUUAAAAAACGUACCUUAUAACAGUGCAUGCUGUUUAGCAGAAAUAUAGUAUGGGAUUUAGCCUUUUUUCUAUAUGUAACCAGCAAUCAAGUCUGAUAAUGUACAGCAUUGCUAUUUGGCAAAGUGGAGUCAGCAUACUGUUUGUACUAGGGGUAUAACAGUGUGGCACCUCUGUAUAUGUUUAGUAUGCCAAAUACCCUGUUUCUGUAUUUGGAUUUAAACCUGAAGUUGGUCUGGCCUAAGGCUGAUUUUCUUUUUUCCCCUUUUUUAUUGAAUUGAAUAAUUAGUGAUAUAAGAACCUUAUUCCAAUUCACCCAAGAACACUUGAAAAAUCUCAGAUGUUGGAAUGCCAAUUCUGUCUGUGAAUUCUGUUUUUAAAUUAACUUGCACAGUUUACAUGUUUGUUGUAUUUGUAUUCUAAUUUAAAUAAUUUUACCCUGAACUGCCAUUUAAUAAGGACUCUGCAUUUUCUUGUUCAUGAAUGUGGUCUUUAGUUCAGCUCAAAGCCACUUGAAAGUGAAAAAAUAAAAAUAAAAUAAAGAUCAGCAUUUUCCCCUCUUAUGCACACCUCUAAUUUUGACCUAAUACCUGUGAGUCUUUCUGGCAAAGCAAAAGAAUAGUGUGCCUCGUUUGUAUCUGAAUUUGUAUCCAUUAAAAACACAUGAUCUAUUCAAA